CUUUCUUCUGAGUUUUUUUAUUUCAUCAUCAUUAUCUUCUUUCAGCUUUUUUCUGAUUAUUUUGAUUUCAUCAUCACUAUCUUCUUUCAGUUUCCUUCGGAUUAUUUUGAUUUCAUCAUCACUAUCUUGUUUCAGUUUCUUUCUGAAUUCUCUUCUGAAUUCUAAAGGUCCUCUUCAGCCAGUCCCGAGAUAUUUGCUGAAAACUAGGGUCGAUAAAAAAUUCUUAUUCCAGUUUACCAUUCCAUAAUAAAAUUAUUUCGCAAGAGAAAUAUAGUCAGCCCGCCAGAAGAUUCUAAACAGUAUUAUCAUAUCAUGUCUUUAGAGUAUCAUCCUUUAGAGAGAAUUUCAUAAGUACAAACAUUGCCAAUAUUGACUUCAUCAGUAUUUCUAAUCUUCAUUGCUCAAUAAUUAUUGCAGGACUCAUUUGAUGUAGAUAUCCUUACCGACGUUCUCACCCGAAUGGUCAUGUAUAUUUAGAGAUCGUUGGUUGGGAGAAAAAGGUUCUUGAUGGUAGAAAUUUUUUUAACUCAAACAUUUUCAAUUCUUCAGUUUCUUGACAAAAUUAAUAUUGAAAAAUUAUCACAUGAGGCGCAGACGACUCAGAAUUCCCUGAAAUUCACUUUUUCAUUUCACAUUUCACUCCAGUUUUUACCUCAAAUUUUCUAAUUUUCCAAGAAUUCUUUUCCAAAAUGUCUGGAAAAGUUCAAAAUCCUCCAAAAAUAACCAAAAUACCAAGACUCUUAAAAAAUACAAAAAUUUUGCAUUUACGAUAAAAGAUUUUUUGAAAUUCCAAACAGUUUAAUUUUAACUCUAGUUUUUUAGUUGAUGUGAACAAUAGCAACCCCAGGUACAGAUAAUUAAAGAAAGUGAUUAAAUUACAUUUUGAUCGUCCGCCAAUCAAAAAAUUUUUCUCUAACAUCCAGAAACUUUUUCUUUCUGUGUUAUAACUGAAUUCUAAACAAUGUUCCCUGGACAAUCAAAAACUUACUGUAACAUAUUAAAAAACCUUAUUUCAGCAAUUGUUUAUAUUAACUCAGUCGUCACGCUGAAUAGCUAAAUAAUUUAGUGUAAUCUUUAUCGUUUGAUGAUAUAAUUUAUUGAAAUUAGACCAAUGAAAACCUCCAAGGAGGAGUUACCGGAUAGAGUUCCCCUGUAAGAUUAAGAAUAUAUUUUAAAAAUUAGAGGGAAAAAAUUUCAAAGUCCCAAGUUCGAAAUUUCGUCAAGCGAUAUGGCGAAACAAAGAAAGAGUGAGACGUAGUGGGGAUGUACGUUGUAUGAAACAAUUUGAGCAACUGAGCAUUCGUCAUGUGUAUCUCAUGCUCAAGUCAAUAGAUAUUUAUUGCAGGGUCAUAAGUCAUAGCUCAAUGCUUUAUAAUCAACAAAUGCCAGCGCUCAGUUCUUCCACAACGCUCAUCCAGACAAUUACGUAAUUUGUUGAAUGAAUUUUGUUGUAAAAUGUACUGAUGUAAAAAAUUUUUGCCAACGGUGAAAGUGAUUGAACAAUAAAUGGAUUUUUUGUGAUACAAUGGGUGGACUCUCUCCCUUCUGGAUUUUCAAUCUAUUUCACAUUCAUUUUAUUUCAGAUAUUAUUCUCACCAUUGGAAUUGCAAUAGUUUUUGCACCUAUUUUCAUCGUCAAUUACGCUGUUAUUCAAUCAUUUCGCCGAUGUUGGAUACGUUUUAUCAAAUGGAAGUACCCAAAUCACAUUAUUGUGGAGAAAAAUAGCAUCGAAAGUAUUUUAGAUAAUGGAAAAAAUCAAGGAAUUUGUACUCUGUUAGUACAGGGCGGUAAGAUCCUCGAUGAAGAGUUGCGAAGUCAUCUGAAUUAUUUGGUAUCAAAGAAAACAGCACUGGGAUCGAAAUUGAGUAGUAAAUAUGGUUUAUAUGCCUGGCGCUACCAUGACGACUUCUCCUUGGACAAUCACUUGAUUGAUGCACCCACUUUCUUCCGGGGACGACCGCUAACUGAUACCAAUAUUCAGGAGUACGUGAGCGAAGUGACAUCGAAAUUCCUCCCCCUGGGGCUGCCCCCGUGGCAGAUUCACCUGAUCAGCUGUUCCUCGAAAGGUGAAGAGAGCCAAAUCUACUUGGUACGUGCUCACCACCUCCUCCUGAGACAAGAGCACCUCACACUAGCUGAUUUUCUACCCCUCCAAUACUCCUCCGACACCUGGAAUUCCCAGGAAAGUGAAUCUCCCUUCAUCAAUCUCUACGCCAAGCCCUCAGCUCUACCAAAACUCCAUCAGAAACUCACGGAGAGCUUCAGCAACAAUUGGAACGAAUUCCUGUGCAAUAAUGAUCCUAUGGAGCGACCAGAGAUUCUUAAAAACCACAUCGGUUUAUUUCAGUGUUGCAAGAUUGGAAUUAUCGUGCUCGUGGCUACAUGCAAAAUAUCAAAACGGAAUGACGCAAGGAAAAUAAAAUCAAGAGCUUCGAUACUGCACUGUGAGGCACAGAAACGAAAUUUCAAUCUCUCGACGAUCUGGCAGGCCCUUUGGAAGUCCCUGGACCCAAUCCAGAACGUCACGUCGAUUAUCCAUUGGCUCUGGUACUUCACAAUAAUCUCAACGAUAAAAUCCCCGAUUCUAGUGUACCGUGAGCUCAGAGCCCUGCACUCACGCCAAAAACACUGUUACCCGGACACCCUGACCUCAGUCCUCUCCUGCUACCUUCCCCUGAUAUUCCAGUCCCUCCUGGAGGUCUGGUCAAUCCUGCAGAUCGUUUCUGGUGCAGCCAGAUCAAUUCUCAACGAGAUGUUUUCAAAAAACGUCCAGUCUAAUCAACUCCAGACCAUUUCACCUUGCGGCAGAAAAGUCAUCGCCUGGUCGGACCAAGUCGACCUCGACAUUCUCCACCGGAUUUCGAGUGUCACUGGUGCUUCUCACGUCGAUAUCCUCCUCACUGCAAUUGUUGACUCUCUCAAGGUAUACUUCAAACAAUCCGGACAAAUUAUUCCUCGACAGGUGCUCGCAACUGCGCGAUAUGUUAAUCACAGAUCUUUAUUCAUUAAAAAUCGCGAGGUCCAAGGAAUUCUCUGUCUUUCACUUCCCACCAGGACACCGCAUUUUGACAAUGACCUCGUCGAGAUUUUAGAGGUAAUCAAGAAGAAUGUGGUGGAAGCCAGGGGGAAACAGAAAGCGAUAUACGCAAUAACAUCUAGAGAAAAUUUCAGACAGAUCCUUACGUCAUUCCUCCCAUCAAUUUUAAUAAAAAUUAUAUUGAAUCAUCUCACGAGGAGAUACUCCCUCAGUUUGACACAUGUUGAUGGUGAUUUACGAAUUGACGGGGUUGAGACUGCAGUCUACUGGUCGCCACCCCAAGGAAAUUGCAAUCUAUCGAUAACUCUCCAUCGAUAUGGCACUGGAUUUCGAUUAGGAGUGAUGGGGGAUGCGUUGAUGAGCCCUCAGCACGCGACGAUCACCAGAACAUUUCCCACGAGUGUCGAAAAACUGGCGAGAACUCUAGGUGUUUCCGCCCCAUCGAGCAGAACCUCUAGUCCAGGACCCCUGAGUCCCACCACAUCCCCAGGUCAUUAAACAACAAAAAAAUCCAGGAGUCUCCACAAAAAGCUAUCGAUUAAUCAUUGUUAUUCAUUAAUUAUUAUUCGUUAUUAUGAGACUAUCACGUGUAAUACAAAUCCACUUAUAAUUCAAGCUGUUUAUUAUACAGUGGACCUAAUUCAAUAUUCGCUGUACAGAUUCAGUAGUUUACAAUCCCUCAGGUGGAAGGUUCUAUUUAUAACACUGUAAUAAAAUAAGAGUUACUCAAGGCAUUUGAAUGGCAGUAAAUCAACAAUAAUUCUCAUCUUCAAUUCUUUAAAUACAUUACAAUCACUAUUCAUUCUUUUUGAUGAAUGAAAAGUAGGAAUAUAACUUUGAUAUCACUAGAAGAAGAUAAAAUUAACUUCUUCCAUCAACAAAUAAUGCUCCAGGAUAUCCAAGGACUCCAGUUGUUUUCAUGUUAUUUCUCUAUUUCUUUAUUUUAAUCAUCAUCAAUCAUCACUAUUGAUUUCCCAAGAAAAAAUGAAACUCAACAAUAAUCUCUUUUUAAUCAUUUAUCAAUAAAUAGUAUAACAAGUUCUUUUCUUGAAUUGUACCAUGAGAAAAAAUGACAUUACAACGGCAAAAACAAAAAA